UUUGGAUUCGUUGCUUUCACCACCAACUUACCAUCAGAAAUUUCCAUUCACAAAAAAAAAAAAAAAAUUUCUCCCACCCAUUAACUUUCUCUCACUCUCUUACUUUUCUCCGCAACUUUCUCAGCACUCUACACUCCCAUUUCAGCUUCCAUGACCGAACCACACAAACAUUGCAAUCUAAAGCUUCUACCUUUUUUAGUAAGAGAGCGAGUAGUUAUCAGCACGAAGCAGCUGAAGGAGUUCUCACUCCCUCUAGGGUUUGGUUUUGUAUUGCAUUGGAAUUGAAAUCCCACUACUCAAAUUUCAAAAUCCCAAGACUUUACUCAUCGAAAAACAAAUAGCUUUUUUUAUUCUGUUUGAGAAGGUUUAAAAUUUGAAUUUCGAAUUCUGCAUUGACCUGAGAGUGAGUUCGAGAAGAAGGGUUUUUGAGUGCAGGGUUUGCAAUGUCGGGCCCACCCAGAGUCCGAUCCAUGAACGUCGCGGUCGCUGACCCCGACGCGCGUCCAGUGCUCGUCCCGGCAGGCAACAAAGUCCGCCCCGCAGUCGACGGACGCAAGCCGGUGAAGAAAUUGACGCCGGAGACAGAGAAGAAGCCGGUGGCGCUUUCAAAUGCGCCACCGCAAUGCAUCUCCGCUCCUCCACCGUUUAUUUUGCGGCGGCAGGAGCGUCACCAGGCCGUGCUGAAAAACCUGUCUUCGAUGAGCGCUUCGUACUCCUCCGAUGCGUCAUCGACGGAUUCCUCCACUCACAGUAGCGGCGCGUCGUCAAGCGGGAAGGUGGCUCGUCGGGUUAGUGUGCAGUUGAGGAAGAAGCAGUGUGGUCCCAAGAUGGAGAAGGUGAGUAGUGACAAUGUGGGUGGUUCUGAAUAUGUCGAUUUGAGUGAUAGCUUGGAGGGCAAGAAACGGUGUGCUUGGGUUACACCAAAUACAGAGUCAUGCUAUGUUGCUUUUCAUGACAACGAGUGGGGAGUUCCUGUUCAUGACGACAGGAAACUGUUUGAGUUGCUUAGCUUUUCUGGAGCCUUGGCUGAGCUUACGUGGCCUACUAUUCUUAACAAAAGGCAGCUAUUUCGGGAAGUCUUUUUGGAUUUUGAUCCUAAUGCUGUUUCUAGAAUGAAUGAGAAAAAGAUAGCUGCACCAGGAAGUCCUGCCAACUCAUUGUUAUCAGAACUCAGGUUGCGAUCAAUAAUUGAAAAUGCACGUCAGAUGUGUAAGGUAAUUGAAGAGUUUGGAUCUUUUGACACAUUUAUUUGGAACUUUGUUAACCACAAGCCUAUAGUUAGCCAAUUCAGAUACCCACGCCAGGUACCUGUGAAAUCUCCAAAAGCUGAAGUCAUAAGUAAAGACCUUGUAAAGAGAGGUUUCAGGAGUGUUGGACCGACAGUCAUCUACACUUUCAUGCAAGUGGCUGGCCUAACAAAUGACCAUCUUAUCAGUUGCUUCAGAUUCAAGGAGUGUACCUCCAAUGCAGAAGCCAUGGUCAACGAAAGCUCCCUCAACUCCAAGCUCAAAGACAAGCCAAACGACGAGACAACUGAUGUAGGCCUGUUACUGGCUGUGAACAAAAUGAACUUCUCCUCUAAGUAGUACAACAAUGGCUUUGGUUAAAAUGAUCAUCUGGGGGUUAAUCAAGUAGUUGUAAGGGGAGAUGAGUAGAUUGUGGAGUGUACAAAAUCGAUACAUAUGUGAAUGAAUUAGCCAGAAGGCUUAGUUGUAUUUGAAGAGAAAAAUGAGUAAAUGACCUUUGGCAUUUCUUCAAAUUCUUGUGUAUUAAAGAUAUUAAGUAGCCGUAUUUGCAUUUGUCUACACUUUCCCUUUA